AUGGCUACUGCUGAUGGGUGGACAUAUGGUGGUUAUAGCUAUAAGUAUGUUGAUGGCAAUCCCCCAGAUGAGUAUCGAUGCCACAUCUGUAGAUUGGUAGCACGGGAUCCUCAACAAGUUACCUGCUGCUACAAUAUAUACUGUAAGAGCUGUCUGGAUAUACUGAAGAGGAAGGGCCGAGGGUUUAUCUGCCCAACUUGUCGUAGCUCACUAGAAGGAAAGUACUUUAAAGAUGGAAGAGUAGAACGAGGAAUAAAGUCACUUAAGGUUUAUUGCACUAACACUGAUAGUGGGUGCCAAUGGAUGGGGACUAUUAAUGAUAUUGACGCCCAUCUUGAGACCUGCCCUAAAGCUAUCAUACCAUGUGAAUACAAUACUGUUGGAUGUGAUAAAGGAAUGAAGAGAGAAGAACAAGAGAAGCACAAUGAAGAAUCAAUAACGGCACACCUACAACUGACAAAGGAGCAACUAGAAGUAACAAACGAUCAACUGGAAUUGAAAAAUGAGCAACUACAGACAACAAAUGAACACCUACAACUGACUGAACAGCAAUUGAAAGUGGCUAUAAAGACAAUACAAUCUCUAAAAGCAAGACUACAAGAGCAUGAAAAUCUAUUGACGACAUCAACUGAA